UCCGCCAUCUGCCCGUCGCCGGCCGCCAUGGGAGGACGAACCCGCCACCGCAAGCCGCGCAACUCCGCCACCUUCCAGCUCUGCCCGCGCCCCGGCGCCGCCCACGCCUCCAACCGCGUCCUCGUCCGCGUCGACGGCGACCCCUACUACCUCCCCGGCUUCGCCGACGACGAGUACGACGGCUACCGCGGCGCCUCCUCCUCCUCCUACGGCGCCGCAGCGGGCUACGAGGACGACUACUCCUACUCCUCCUCCGACGGCGGCGCCCUCCCCGACCACGUCCGCCGCGAGAUCCUGGACCUCGGCCUCCCCGACGACGGCUACAACUACCUCGCCCACAUCCGCGAGUUCCAGCCCUCCUUCUCCUCCACCGGAGGCGGCGGAUCCUCCGCCGCAUUCAUCCCCCGCCGCCGCCCGCCACCCCGCUCCGGCCUCCCACUGAGCGUCAAAGCCUACGAUGCGCGAUCUGUUGAAGUUGGUGCCGACAAUGUCGCCGCGGCGGCGGUGGUGGCCCCGGUGGAGCAGGUCAUCGACCCGGAUGUCACCAAGCUGCUCGAGGAGGGCGAUGCGCCCGAUGUCCCCAAUCUGCCCGAGGAGAGCGAUGUGCCACAGGGGACAUCAGAGGAUGUCGCCACCAAUCUGAUUGAGGAGAACGAUGGGCCACAAGACACUUCAGAGGACGAGGAGCUGGAGGAGGACUUCGUUAUGAUUGCAAAUCAGUCUGAGGACGACGAGCAGAUGGAUCUGGAGGACGAUUUUGUCAUCCUUGCCAACCAGCCUGAUGGGAAGAUUGAAAUGCUUUCAUUAGGAAUGGUGAAGGCUUAGAAAGGCUUCACAGGUUCCUCAUUAUGCCUUGUAUAAAAGGUACCGGGUGAUGCUCAACACACAUUUCCUACUGUACAGCUCAAUUCCUUAGGUUAUCCUUCAAAACUGAAGAUAUGCAUAGUUAUUGUCAUCUCAUUGUGCAACUCUUGGAAGUCUUUUUAGUGGAUGCCCUGGUUCAGAUAUUCCUGUCUGUGUCCUUGCAUUCAUGUUCUUAUUGUUGAAUAUUGAAGUUAUGUAUCUAGAACAGUGGUGUAAUUUCCGAUGGAUGGUCAUAUUAUAAUUUUCGGGAAUUGAAUGACGAUAUUGUCUACUUAA